AUGGCCCAUACGACGUCACCGGCCCUGUCGGACAUCAUCUUCCCGACGACCGCCAACCACAACUUCUCGCACAUCCUCACGGACCUCAAGCGGUCCAACCUGUCCAUCGCGAACCGCCUGCGCUCCUGCAAGCAAGAUGCGGAGUUCGUGAAGGAGGUCGCCACGUGCUACAACCGCCCCCUUGUGGCUAAUGAACGGUGUGGGAGCUGGUACGUCCGGCCCGAGGAGAAGGCGGCGAGCGCCUACUUCAAGAGUACCGACGGCCACACCAAUGCCUGGAAGUUUAGCACGCGGAGGUUGAACCUGCACUUGCUUGAGGUUAUAGGAAAACAUGAUGGAUUCAACCCGCCGCGGCAAAAGUAA